UGCGUCUGGUCGUCUCGCGGGCCCCCCGCACCUGCAGCCACGUUUCAGGAAUCGGGAUUCGCGAUCGUGCGGCGUAGCGUGAGCUACCGUUCGGUCUCUCGGCGUGUUUGCGUGCGUGUGUGUGUGUGUGUGUGUGUGUGCGUGCGUGCGGCAAAGUGCGCGCUUACGGCCGCUUACGUGCAUCAGCCCGGGGGAGAAAUGGAGGACGUUUUGAACGAGGUCGUCUCUUCAGAGGAUCUGAAGAAAUUCGAGACUGUGUACAAUGACCAGUUGGACUCGUCGGACGUUACGAGCAAGGCUCAAUUCGAGUACGCCUGGUGCCUUGUGAGGAGCAAAUACUCGGCGGACAUUAGGAAAGGGAUAGUGCUGCUGGAGGACCUCUAUAGCAACAGCGAUUCGGAGAAGCGCGAUUGUCUGUACUACCUGGCCAUCGGGAAUGCCAGGAUAAAGGAGUACUCCAAGGCGCUCUCGUACGUAAGGGCGUUCCUACAGAUCGAACCCGCGAACUUGCAGGUGCAGCAGUUGGAGUCGUUGAUAAGGAAGAAGAUGGAAAAAGAGGGCCUUAUGGGUAUAGCUGUCGCGGGAGGUGUUAUUAUCGGUAUCGCAAGUAUUCUGGGCCUGGGCAUCGCGAUGGCCAAAAAGAAUUAGUUACCCCCCUUUCCCCCUGAAAGAACUAUUAGUACUGUGACUAUACAAGUACAUUUGUGAUGUAGCCUGUUUGCGUGAAAUGGUGUGUAACUUGCGUCGUAUUGCCGUUUGAGACAGCGACCAGUCUCAAAUGUACCAGAAACGUUAACCAAAUCCAAUAAAUGUAAUUUGUAACGUUAUUUUUCUAUUAAUCACAAAGAAAGGAGGGCAGGGAGAAAAACCGGCUUAUAAAUACCGAUUCGUUCAAUUGUUUAUGUUAAUUUAAUCGUAGCACACAAAACGCCAUUCUUUUAAUAAUUAAUAACAAAAGUAUCUGUCGAACGAUCGAGCCAGUUUAAUUUCCGGUACAUUCAUCGAAAUUACGUGCGAUCAUUUUCUCACAUUCCGAAGUUACAUGCGAUUAUUUUUUACAUUGUAUACGUUACGCGUGUCGCGCACACGGAUGUGGAUAUAUCGCGUAAGGAUACAUGUGUAUCCAUGAGGUUUUGUAUUAACCAAUUUUAUUUAUACGCGAGUGUGCUUGACAAAAACGUACACCAAAGCGCUGAUCGGAAUUGCAGAACGAUAUAAAUUAUAGCUUUUGUAUAUAAUUAGGGUUGUAUUUACAGUUGUACGCGCGUAUCGAUUUAUGUUGUUAUCCUUUUAAUAAAAGUCAAUGUUGGAAGCUA